AUGGCUACCCCCAGUGUCCUCACUUUUGAUGCUAAGGGCCGUGCGAUUGACUUUGAGGUCUGGGUCAAUGACCUCCAGCUGUUUCUUCAGUGCGAUAGGGCGGACGGCCUCUCCCUGUUUGACCUCACUUCUGGUGCCUCUCCUGCCCCUGCUGCUGAUGCUGACGCCACUGUUCGCUCACAGUGGGCCACGCGCGAUGCUGCUGCUCGCCUUGCUUUGCUAAAGGAGCCUCUCCUGGUGACCCUCGCACCCCCGUCUUUGAGGGGUGUUCUCCUUCCCCCCUCUUGCCCUUUGUUGCCUCUGCUGCUGCGGCCGACCUCGAUGGUUUUGAGUCGGUCGGCGCUGCGUCUGCCCCGAGCGGGAGACGCCGCACCGGCAAGGGCAAGGGGGGCAUGGGCGCCAGAGGGACUGGAGGGGGCGGUGGAGGUGGUGGUGGAGGCAGUGGAGGGAGUGGGGGUGGUAGUGGGAGUGGUGCUGGGGGUGGCGGCGGCGGUAGCAGCAGUGGAGGCGGCCGAGGUAGUGGAGGAGGCGGAGGUAGUGGAGGAGGCGGAGGUGGAGGAGGCGGCGGCGGCGGCGGCGGAGGCGGCAGUGGUGGAGCGGGUCGCGACUCUGCGUAGAGGAGUGGCGCAUGUGGUGGUCAACGCCACCAGCAGCAGCGGAGUGGUGUGA